UUUUUUAUUCAGGAAGGAAGGUAGUCUUCACGUUAACAAGCUUUAAAGGAUCGAAGUUAGUAGUUGACAUGCCGUAAUUUAGUAGUCCCCACGUCUAUCAAAAUCUUCAAACAGAAAUAUGAUGAUGGACAACAAAUUUCCAGUGCUUAUAAAUAUACUUGCAUAUUCAUAUCUACCCUCACACAAUUACAAAUCACUUUUGCUCUCUGCUUAAGCUGCAACAACCUCCACAGAGAAUAUGGCAAGCAACCAGCUUACAAUUGUCAUCUGCUCUCUCUUGCUGCUCCCAUUAGCCUUCCUUUCAACAGCUGCCUAUGAUGAAACCACUCCAACCAAGCCGGUAGAGAAGAAAGUCGAUGUGGUGGUUGAAGGCAUGGUCUAUUGCCAAAGCUGCAAGUAUUCUGGAUCAUGGUCUUUGACAGAGGCCGAGCCAAUCCCUUCAGCUAAAGUCAGUGUAAUUUGCAAAAAUUUCAAGAAAGAAGUCACUUACUACAAGGCAUAUGAAACCAAUGCAUAUGGUUACUUCUACGCACAACUUGAUGACUUCAAGAUGAGCAACAAUAUUUUGGACCAUCCCCUCCACGGUUGCCAUGUAAAACUCGUUUCAUCUGCUCUUGCAAACUGCAGCCUCCUCUCCAAUGUUAACUAUGGACUUUAUGGUGCUCCACUUCGAUUCGAGAACAAGGUGUUGCGAGGAAGUAAUUACGAAGCUGUGAUCUAUGCUGCAGGUCCCUUGGCUUUCCAACCAGCUCAAUGCGCUCCUGAAACUCAUGUCUGAUAUUACUGCUCUUUCACUAUCUUUUAGCUCGUGACCAAUCUUCAUCUCGGUUUUUAUUCUUGUUUUGUUCCCUCCCCUGUUGAUUUCAACUAUAAUCUAGGAAUGGUGGCUAUCUGUUCCAUUUAUUCAACGACUUUGUUUCCUUUGCAUGAAGUGCUACUUCUUAACUAUCACAAUGUUGUUGUAAGCUAUUUCUUUUUCUUGGCUGUAUUUGUGAAAGUAUUAUAAUGGCAUAGAUCACGCCACGAUGCAGAUGAAGAUGAUCAAUCGUCAUUUUGGUUUUGAUUUUUGUUU